AUGAGAUCCGUCUUUUGCCUUUUGCCUUUAGCUAUUUCAUCGGCUUAUGCAGGCCCAAUGCUUUUGAAGAGAGAUGAUUCUUAUGAUCAUUACUCCAAUGUGACAACUGUUGUUGUUGCUGCUCCAUUCAGCAACUCCAGUUCAACCUACUCUUCAGCUAAUGAGGUGCUUGAUGUCACUCCAAUUCCAGAUUCUGAGCUUGCUGAUGUAACAACUGUUAUUACAUUGACCUCAAUUAUAUACCAUACCGAGACUAGGGAUGACCAGCCAACUACUGUUGAAGAGUUGACCACCAUUUAUAACACUGUGACAUCAGAGGCGGCAAAGUCAUCUGCCACAUCCGAGGAAGCAUCUGCAGAAAAUGAGAAUUCGCAAAACUCCGAUGAAAAUACCAACCAGGAUGAAAAUUCUGGUGAACAUACAACAGUGGUUCAAACCUUGACCAACUUUGUGACUGCAAGCUACGAGGAUGCGGCCCUGGCUUCUUCAUAUUCCUCAAACGCAACUGUUCCAAUGAAUUCCACUUACAUUUACACUACUCCAUCAUCUUCAGACUUGUCCACUACCUCUUCUGUUCAGCAAAAGUACGCUAAUGCAGUUACUACUGUAUCGAGUCAGGUCGCAAAUGAUGAGAAUGCAUCAUCAUCAUCAUCAUCAUCAUCUGCUCUAAGCACCAACUUGGUUUCUUCGGACUCUGAAUUAUCCUCAGGAAGUGCAACUACAUCCUCAGCUACAAGCACCAGCUCUGGAUCAAAAACAACAUACACGGGUCGUGGUACUUAUUACGGUGUUGGCCAGGGUAACUGUGGAUGGGUUUCACAGGACAGCCAGCAUGUAGUUGCAAUCUCGCAAAGACUUUACAACACGUUGUCAAACCAAUAUUCAUUUUCUGAGUACUGUGGAAGACAUAUUACUGCCUCAUACCAGGGAAAGAGCGUUACUGUUGAGGUUGUUGACUCAUGUGGUAGCUGCUCAGACAACGAUUUGGACUUUUCGGAAUCGGCAUUUAAGGAACUUGCCGAUUUGGAGAAAGGUGUCAUUCAGGUUGAAUGGUACUGGGAUUAA